GAUUUAGACUAAUCUCUCCAACCAACCCUAAAAAUGAAUGAAACCCUAAAAAACUAAAAUGCCUUCAAUCUCCAUACCUCUAUAUAAUCUGCCGCAACUCCAUUGCAGCAAAAUCCGGGGCGGCCAACCCAAAACCCUAAUUUCCCAGAGGUAAGAAGAAGGAAAAGAAGAAAUGGCGGUGCCGCUUCUAAGUAAGAAGAUCGUGAAGAAGAGGGUCAAGAAGUUCAAGAGACCCCAAAGUGACCGCAAAAUCUCCGUCAAGACAAACUGGCGUAGGCCAAAGGGUAUUGAUUCUCGCGUAAGAAGAAAGUUCAAGGGAUGCACUUUGAUGCCCAAUAUUGGCUAUGGUUCAGACAAGAAGACUCGUCACUAUCUUCCAAAUGGCUUUAAGAAAUUUGUUGUGCACAAUGUCGGAGAGCUUGAACUGUUGAUGAUGCACAACAGGACAUACUGUGCGGAGAUUGCCCAUGAUGUCUCCACAAAGAAGAGAAAAGAGAUUGUGGAACGAGCUGCACAGCUGGAUGUUGUCGUUACUAACAAGCUUGCCAGGUUGCGCAGCCAGGAGGAUGAAUGAACAGACGCUUGUACUGGUUAAGUAAUGAUCUUUGUUUGUUUAGCAUUUUUAUAAAUUUUGGAUAAUUUUGUUGUUUUAGAUGGCAAUCACAUUCUCAACCGUGAUUUUUGUUCUAUUUAGUGAAUUAACAUUACAAUGGCUAUUAUGUCUAAAGAUAUUCUCUAUUUAUAAAAAUAUUUUCCAAGUAUAUAGUGAGCUUGCAAUGUGCUCGAAUAGUAUCCCUUAGGGCUGUUAGUUUGUA